AUGGAUUUUAUGGGUUCAACAGCAACAGCUCAAUACACAUUUAUGGGUCAUCAACCACAGCAGGGUAGCUUUCUACCAUCUACUAGCAUAUCUAAUAAUCGAGCAUCAUCUGAUCCGUCAUGUUCCGGUGUACCUACUCGAUCACCUUCUGUUUCAUGGUGUCCAGCAGUAUAUUAUCGAACAGCACAUACUGAGCCAAUACAAUCAUUAAAUAUAUCAACAGUACAACCAUUUAGUUCAACAAAUUAUUUUAAUAAUAUUGAUAGUUCUAAAGUACCACCAAUAUUUCUAUCAGCUCGUCAAGCACUUUAUACACGUUAUGCACCAAAAGAUUGGCAUAAUGCUCAACUGACAAAUUAUUUAGCAUCGGAUAAAAUUUGUGCUGCAUCUGCACGUUUACGUUCAGAUGCAAUAGGUUUAGCACAUGAAAAAGAUGAACAAGCAUUCAAAAAUAAUUUUGAAUCAUCAAGACACAUAGCUGAAAUUAUCAAUGAUAUUGAAUAUUGGGAAAGUGAAUUAGAAAAAACAAAAGAUAACAUGAAACGUAAAAUAGAUGAUGUUGAAUUUAUACAGCGCGAAGUUAAACGAUUAUUAUCCGAAACAGAAAAACCAUUACGUAUAGUACAAGAAAAUUUAUAUGAACGUGAAAAACGUCAAGGUAUUGAUCUUGUUCGUGAUAAUGUUGAACGAGAACUUAUUCGAGAGGUUGAUACAAUUGAAUUAUCUCAACAAAAACUUCGACAAAUGCUCGAACGUCUUGGUUUUCAAAAUGCUCUUAAUUUUGCUGGAUUACACGAAUUAGAACGUGAUGUACAAGAUAAAUCUCGUGCUCGUGUACUUGAUUCAGCUGCUCAUAAUAUUCAAACAACAUCAAGUGGUAUUAAGUUUUAUGAGGGUAUUGAAUAUGUUGACAACACUAUAUCAGUACCUGAAUCAUGGACGCGAUAUACGCAAGAAAAUAUUCGUCGAGCUGUUGCUGGAAUUUCUCAAUCGGAUGAAUUACUUAGUGCUACUAACCAACUUAUGGCAACAAUUUACGAUGAUAUCUGGUCACAAUGGAACCAUGUUAAUACUUCACUUGAAAAUCGUCUACAGGAAGAAAAAGUAGCGAAAAAUAAAAUUCAAUCUCAUCUUGAAAAGAUUCGUCACGAAAUUGUUGAUGUUGAACAAACUAUUGAAUUUUUGAAAAAAACCAUCGCUGAUCAAGAAGCAUUUUUACAAGUUGCUCAAACACGCCUAGAAACACGUAAUAGACGUCCAAAUGUUGAAGCAUGUCGAGAUUCUGCUAUGCUUAGAUUAAUUCAAGAAGUUCAUGAUUUACAUGCAGCUAUUGCUGAUCUUUAUGGUAAAUUACGUCAAGAAGAAAAUGCUUUACAACUUUUAUUACGCACUCAAUCAACCUUAGAACAAGAUUUAGAAAUAAAAAAUAAUUCGUUGUCUAUUGAUUCCGAGAAGGUUAUGAGUAUUCGACGUACAUUCAUAAUGGGUGCACCAGAAAAAAGUCUCGUUACUUCAGUAUCAUUUUCUCAACCCCAUGAUCUUAUUACUGUCUGA